UAAUUUAUACUAUUGUCAAUUUUUAGUUUACAUUUAUCAGCCGUCUCCAUUUUUUUGUGUAUUCUAUUUACUAUUUAUUAUUUAAUAUUAUUAAGUAUAAAAAAUAAUUGUACUGUCAUCUUAAAAAUUGUUUUAAACAAAAAAUAAAAUAAAAUGGGACGUAAAAAGAGUAAAAGACAAGCGCCAGUAAGAAAAAAAAAUAUUAUUCCACUGGAUACACAAUUUACCUGCCCUUUUUGCAAUCAUGAAAAAUCAUGUGAAGUUAAAAUGGACAAGCCAAGGAAAACAGCAAGAAUUUGCUGUCGUAUUUGUUUAGAAGAUUUCCAAACAACAGUUAACGUUCUAUCAGAUCCUCUGGAUGUUUACAAUGACUGGAUUGACGCUUGUGAUGCUGCAAAUUAAAUACUUAAUAAUUUAAUUUCUUUUUUAAUAUAAAUUAUUUACAACUAACAAAUUUUAAUUAAUAAUUAUACAUCUAAUUGCAAUUUACCAUGUCUUUAUAUUUGACAUGUUCAUGAUAAUAUUUUAUAAAUAAUAUUUAUAUCAUUAAAUAUAUAGGAUACUUAUGAUAAUUAAGAUUUGAUAAAGUUUUUAAAAUAAAUCAUUUAAAUAAUU